UGGUAAUUUGGAUUAUGGCUAAACCCCCAUUGAGACUGUCUUAAACCCUAUACAGAGAAGUCUGAACUGAAGUACCAGAAUUGCCAUCUUCAAACAAACAAAUACUUUACCAGCUUCAGAGAUUGUAGGGUGAAAGGUUUGGGCGAAAGCAAAAAUGAAGAUCGUUUUAGGAAGACUUUUGCAGAGAACGUCACUCAGACAGGCAAUUGGACGCCGUGCAUAUUCUACAAAGAAGAUAGUUGAUAUUGGACAGCCAUCUCCGGCGUCACAUCCCCAGUUACUGAAAGAAGGGGAAAUUACACCCGGCAUAACUUCAGAGGAGUACACAUUGAGAAGAAAUAAGUUGUUGGAGGUGCUCCCAGAGAAGGGUUUGGCCAUUUUUGCAGCUGCCCCUGUAAAGAUGAUGACUGAUGUCGUGCCUUACACAUAUCGUCAAGAUGCUGAUUACUUGUAUAUUACCGGCUGCCAACAACCUGGUGGCGUGGCAGUUUUAGGUCAUGAAUGUGGUUUUUGCAUGUUCAUGCCAGAAGCGACAUCUCAUGAUGUUAUUUGGCAAGGGCAAAUUGCGGGAGUUAGUGCAGCACUGGAAGUAUUCAAGGCUGAUAGAGCAUAUCCAAUGAGCAAAUUACGGCAGAUCCUGCCAGAUAUUAUGAAGGGAUCGUCCGAGUUGUUCCACAAUGUGCAGACGGCUGUACCAACAUAUAUGGAAUUGGAUGCUUUUCAGAAAGCAGCUUACUCUGGAAAAGUGAAAGAUGUUUCGGUUUUCACCCAUGAAUUACGUUUGAUAAAGUCGCCAGCAGAGCUGAAGCUAAUGAGAGAGUCUGCAUCAAUUGCUUGCCAAGCUCUACUGCAGACAAUGUUUCACUCAAAGACACAUCCUUAUGAGGGUAGGCUAUCAGCUAAGGUUGAAUAUGAAUGCAAAAUGAAGGGAGCCCAGAGAAUGGCAUUCAAUCCUGUGGUUGGUGGCGGGCCUAAUGCUAGUGUAAUACAUUAUUCUCGGAAUGAUCAGAAAAUAAAAAAUGGGGAUCUUGUCUUGAUGGAUGUUGGUUGUGAGCUUCAUGGUUAUGUCAGUGAUAUUACUCGCACCUGGCCACCCUUCGGCAGCUUUUCUUCAACACAAGAAGAGCUCUAUGAUCUUAUUCUGCAAACAAACAAGGAUUGUGUGGAGCUUUGCAAACCUGGUGCUAGCAUUCGAGAAAUACACAACUUUUCAGUUGAAAUGCUUAUCAAAGGACUCAACGAGAUUGGAAUUCUGAAGGAUUCUAGAAGCAGUUCCUACCAUCAGCUGAACCCAACUUCCAUAGGUCACUAUCUAGGAAUGGAUGUCCAUGAUUGUUCUAUCGUUGGUUAUGACCGUCCUUUGAAGCCAGGCGUUGUGAUAACAAUUGAACCAGGAAUCUACAUCCCAUUGUCUUCUAAUGGUCCUGAGAGGUUUAGAGGGAUCGGGAUAAGGAUUGAGGAUGAGGUCCUCAUUACAGAUACAGGUUAUGAGGUCCUGACGGGGUCGAUGCCGAAAGAAGUUAAACACAUUGAAUCCUUACUAAACAACUUUCCCCAUGGUAAGUAUAAUGCAGAGCCACAACAGUGAGAGAGCUUCAUCCAUUUGAUGUGCCCUUAUAAAAUAAGCGUACAAUACUGAUAGAAGGAAUUCGCUCGACCAUUCAUGUCAUUCAAAAGCAAAGAGCUCGCUAAAUGUUCUUAUUCAAGGCAUGGCAUUUUCCUGCAGAUACUUGACGUGGGGUUUUAGCUAACUUAUUUCUUGUGUAUCAAAAUUUUCAAUCUCUAUAAUUAUUCCCAUUUUGUUCUA